AUGACCCUAGUAUUGUCCCUCAGAGGCGGUCAGAUUGGAUUCCAAAUAGGAAGUCAGUUCUCUGGGGGUCUUCUACAGAAACGAAAUGCUUCUAUAAGAAUUUCAGCUAACUUGAACAUCAUCCCACAACUGCUGACAAAUCUAGCAGUAACAUCUGCUAACCCUGCUCACAAUGGCCGUGUGUGCAGCACAUGGGGAAACUUCCAUUUCAAGACCUUCGACGGAGACAUAUUCACCUUCCCUGGGCUCUGUAAUUAUGUAUUUGCCUCCCACUGCAACGCUCCCUACGAGGACUUCAACAUCCAGAUUAGGCGCGAAGUGGUGGCAAACAUUUCGACUGUCAACCGCAUCACCAUGAAACUUGAAGGCGUCGUUGCAGAACUAACAAAGGGUGCUGUCCUGGUCGAUGGCAACAGAGUUCAGCUGCCAUACAGUCAAUCUGGUAUUACGAUAGAGAAGAGCAGCGUUUAUGUGAAAGUUGGCAGCAAAAUCGGUGUUGUGUUGCUGUGGAAUGAAAAGGACAGCAUUCUGCUGGAAUUGAAUGCGAAAUAUGCCAAUCAGACUUGUGGACUUUGUGGUGACUUCAAUGGCUUUCCCAUAUACAAUGAGUUCAUUUCAAACAGGUGCUGUACAGAGUAA